AUUUUAUCACUUUGAAAUGAUUGUAGUGCCAUCUUUGAAAAAACAUUAUUACAAUUUUGUUCGAGACUAUUCAAAAUGGCAGCCACCAUGUUUGGAAAAAAUAUGCAGGUUGUCAUGAGUUGUUCAAAAUCCAAGAUGUGGCGCCAUCUAGCAACUUCUUUAUCUAAAUCCCAGUUAAGGUGUAUGUCCCAAGCUACUUUUAAGUUUAAUGAUCUGCAAAUCGAACCAGCCAAGAAUCUCAAGUCAAAGCCAGAUGCUGACAAGCUCGUAUUUGGCAAAACUUUCUCUGACCACAUGCUUGAAGUGUAUUGGACAGAGGAGAAAGGAUGGGGUGCCCCAAAGAUCUGUGAAGUCCAUAAUCUAGACAUUCACCCUGCUAUAAAAGCACUUCACUAUGCUGCUGAGUUGUUUGAAGGAAUGAAAGCCUACAGAGGUGUAGAUGACAAAAUACGAUUAUUCAGACCUGAGGAAAAUAUGAAACGGAUGAUAAACAGCGCAAGUAGGGCUGCUUUGCCGACAUUUGACGGUGGAGAGCUUACAAAAUGUAUUGCAAAAUUAGUUGACAUGGACAAAGACUGGAUACCACAUGCUCCAGAUACAUCCCUCUAUAUGCGUCCAACAUUAAUCGGGACUGAGCCGUCCUUAGGGGUUUCUAAGACAACAGAGGCAUUACUCUUUGUUCUGAUUGGUCCAGUUGGUCCUUAUUACGCCCAUGGUUUCCAACCAGUCUCAUUAAUGGCUGAUCCAGAAUAUGUCCGUGCCUGGCCUGGAGGAUGUGGUUUCGCCAAAAUGGGCUCAAAUUAUGGGCCAACUAUAGCUAUCCAAGCCGAGGCUGUUAGAAGAGGAUGCCAGCAGGUGCUGUGGUUGUAUGGGGAAGACCACCAACUCACUGAAGUGGGGACCAUGAAUUUAUUCAUGCACUGGAUCAAUGCAAAUGGAGAACGUGAGCUUGUUACGCCACCUCUUGAUGGGAUCAUCCUACCGGGAGUGACGAGAAAAAGUCUCAUAGAAAUGACAAAGCAGUGGGGAGGUUUUAAUGUAGUGGAAAGAACCUUUGGUAUGAAAGAAGUUCUACAAGCGCUUAAAGAAAAUAGGGUAAAGGAGAUAUUUGGAGCUGGUACAGCAUGUGUAGUUAGCCCAGUGGAGAGAAUACAAUACAUGGGAGAGGACUACCAUAUACCAACUAUGGAACAGAAAGAUCCAAUUUGGAAUCGCUGCUGGAAGGAACUCACAGAUAUUCAGUUGGGCCGCAAUGCUCCCCAUGCCUGGGCACCAGUUGUAGAAUGAUGGACCAGGACUUGAGGAAUCAGCAUUAGAAUAUAGAAUAUAGUGUAGAGCACUAAAGCGAAGCAUUCUGCCUUCAGUCUAACCCAAAAAGUACAUAUAGCCCACACCCAUGACAUGUUGGGGGAAAUAUAUUCUUACAUAUUCCCGAUUUGAGGUAUUAAAGACAACAAAAAUCAGGCUUCUAUGAUUUGUGCCAUUCAUUCUUGAUUCCCUGGGAAAUGGCUCUCAUGUAUUUUAAGAUUAUGAAAAAUGAAUAUUUUCUAUAGGCAGAUAGGUACUUAUCUUAGAUUUAACUCAUGUGCAAAAAUAUUUCAUCCAACUACCUCAGAAUUAUUCCACUGAUUUCCUUAUAUAUACUGGCUCUGUAAUCGUGUGGUUCUGGAUUUUUUGGAGCAAACAGAACUUUCUCAAGGACAAAGGAUGGAGUCGGAGUCCACAAUCUACUCAAUCGACAUAACACAAAGAAUGCUUGGCAUGUAGUGCUCUAAAUUCUAGCAGAAGGAUGCAAGUAGAGACAUCUAUAAUGCAACUAGAAGAUAUAUAGUUCUCAAUUUCCAUUGGCAGCUUAGAGGUGAACAGGAGAGGAAAAUGAAUAAAUAUAAAGUAAUAUAUGGCAAUGUGAAUCACUGAGAGUCAGAACCAGGUGUUCUUAUUCUAAGGUGUUCACAUUCUUAGGUGUUUUUACACUAGAAUAUGUUCAUAUUAUGCACAGUGAGCUAUUUACAGAGGUGUUAUGGAGAGAUGAAAGCACUAAAAACAUAUAGAACCUAUGUAAAUGGCUCCCUGUUUUAUUUUGAAUGCACAACUUUGUUUUCAAAAAUGCUAUAUUUUAUGUAUUUUAUACAAAAAUACUUGUAUUGUUUUAUGAAUUAAACAUCAUUGCUAUUUGUUAUGCAUUCGUCACAUGUUUUGAGUUUUAAGGAAACUCAAAAUCAUUGUGUUCAUAAAUUAAUUUACUCACAUUUUGCUUUCUUGUGAACCCAAUGAAAGGAUACAAACAAUAUUUAUUUGUUUAAAAUGCUUAGAGUAUAUAUGAUAUAACUUGAAUGAAAAACAAAAAAGAAGAAAAAAGAGUGACUAAAAUUGAAAAAAACAGAAAUAGGACUGGUGAGUUCUGAUUUUCCUCCAUGCAAACACAGUUUGCUGCUUAUGAAUUGUUAACAUGUUUGAUAAAACGAUUGUCAUGUAACUUUUGAAAAGCUUAAAACUGUGAAAUACCAGUACAAAAAAUAUUGGAAUCUCACACCGAACAAACAUUUUUUUCUAAAUUGGGCAGCUACCCUAAAAUAUAAAAGAUCUGACUUCAAAAAACAAUCACAAUAUUAAAAGAUUUACAUGUUUUGAAAAUAAAAUUACAUUUUUACUUCAAAAUCAUGUUAGCUGUUUUUAUACAAGAAUAUAUUUCCGAAGACAAAAGCAUAAUUUGCCAAAUGUUUUCAUAAUCAUGAAAUAAUUUGAUAUACUUGUAUGUUAUCAAAGUAUAUGUUGUAAAGCUAUAGUUCAAUAGAUCGCAUAAAGGGUGUUGCUUCGAUAUUGCAUUUUUGAAGAAAAAAUCUCAGAAAUUCCAUCUUAUUAGCAUCAAACAUUAAAAUCUUCUAUUCCAGUCAGAAGGUUAUAAUUACAACUGUGGGCAAUGGGCAUCAUGGAAGUCUCAAAGCAAAACCCUUUAAAAUAUCUAAAUACAUGUAAGUUUUUGGUUGGAUUUCAACCUGUCUGAUUAGCUAAUAAGGAUUUGUAUCUGUUGAUUUGUGUGUCCGAGUAUGCAUUGCCUUAAGCAGGUAAAUGAUAUUAUGUGAUAUUCUGAAACAAUAUAGCACAUAUCAAGAGUCAUCAAAAUUUACAUGUUACAAAUAUACUCCAUAUUUAGCAUUGAUUAUAUGUGUGCAUAUAUGAUUUGAUAUACAUUUGAUUGGGAACAUGUAGUUUGUAACAUUCCCUGCUUAUUAAUAUGCCUUACAUCUCUAUGUAUGAUCUUAUUUAUAAGUCCUGAGAGUCACAUUAAAGGGUCUUGGCUUCAGUAUUGACUAACACAUACAUUCAGAUAAAUAGAGAAUAUCCUAUGAUUCAUUUAUAUGAAUUUUUUCAGAAAUGGAUAAAACUGGACGAGCAAGGAAAUCGUAGGUUGCUUGUCAAACUUCAAACAAAUGAUUCUCCUUUGUAAAUGUCAGCCUCAUUUUGAGUAGAUUAGCAUUCACGAUUGGAUAUGGAACCUUAUUACAUAUAAAUAUUCAAAAAUUAUUACACAUAAAUCAGAGACAGGAUCCUUUAACUGAUUGGCUUUCAAAAUUGUGAAUCCCAGAUGAUUUUUCCAAUGAGUAUUUCUGAUUAGAAUCACUAAAUAUAUGAUAACAUGCAUUGUACCAUUAUCAAUUAGUCACAAAUAAAUUAUCACAUAAAAGCAAAAGAAAAAA